AUGUCGAAGCAAGGCACAGUCGUCGAGCAGAAGCAACUCUUCCUACAGUCCAGAAAACAGCUAUUGUCGCGUGGAAUUCCACCUUCAGAAAGGCUUCGAAGUAUUGCAGAUGAUGGUGGAAUUGAGCUCAGUGUGCUGAAAGGCGUACUUGACAAAGUAAACCGCGAUCUCAAACAGCACUCGCGGAAAGUCUACAGUCGCCAAAUGAUCGAACACGUCGUCGAGCAAAUAGACACGCUGUACUGGGAAUCCGGCACCCAACACGCCGGCAACGAUGAAGAAGACGAAGAAGCCACUACAAACUCGGACGAUAUCGACAACGCAAAUAUGCUCUACCAAUCCGACGACCUCACCCUCGACGAAAACAUUGCAAAACUCCCUUCGGUAUUCCCUUCUACUACCUCGGGCGCUACAUCUCAAGAUGAAUACCUCGCCUCCGUAUCAAAGCUACAGGCCCUGUCUGCCCAUCGCCAGACCCUGCAAAACCGCCUCGCAACCUACCGCACGCUCCUCUCGCUGCUCGAACCCUACCGCAAGCCCAAGGAGAACAUACAGCCGAAUCUGGUGUGGAAGGAGGCGCCUCUGGCGCCUGAGUUGGCCAAGACGAGGUCGCUAGCUAUACGCGUUGCGAGUAGGGUGGAUGAGCGGUGGGGUGAUGUACAGGUACCAGCCACCACGGAGGACGAGGACGAUGACGUUGACAUGCGGGAAUUCGGCAACAAUGGGCAGAAGAAGUUGGAAAACAUUCUCGCAAGUUGGUAG